AACAGAAAAAUAUAAUUUUGAAAAAUCCUCCACCUCAAGCAAAUUAUCCAUCUCUCCGAAACGUCGUUUUCCACUUCCCCGGGCUUUUUUCUUUGCUUUUCUCCUUCCUUCUUCAGCCCCUCCUCAUCGCCGGCGACCCUUUCUACCCCGAUCGUCUCCCCAGCCCCCAAAUCCUCUUCCUCCCUCUUGACGAAGAGAAAUGACUUUCACAACCCAUUUCAGCCACUGCUCCACUUCUUGUAACGACAACUCCAAGCUAUUCAGCAGCAGUAGCAGGAGUUCCCCUGCCAUUCAUUAUCGCUUCUCCGGCUCAAGAAGACUGUGCCGCUACCGGAUCAAUUCCGCCAACGGGAAUCCUCUGAAAGCUUUGCCCUCACUUCCCAUCUCGGAAUCAGCAGCCGAUUAUGAUUAUGAUGAUAAUGUUGAAACGGGGGAUUCUCAUUCCACUCUGAGCAUAACAGUGGUCGGAGCUUCAGGGGAUCUUGCGAAGAAGAAGAUAUUCCCCGCGCUUUUCGCUCUUUACUAUGAAGAUUGGCUCCCUCAGGGUGUUUGGAUAUGCUCGAACUAAAAUGACGGAUGAGGAGCUGAGGAACAUGAUCAGCCGUACAUUGACUUGCAGAGUGGACAAGAGGGAGGAUUGCGAGCAGAAGAUGAACAACUUCCUGGGAAGAUGCUUCUACCAGGCUGGACAGUACAGCUCCGAGGAACACUUUGCUGAGUUGGACACCAAGCUCAAGGAGAAGGAGGGAGGGAAAUCGUCCAACAGGCUAUUUUACUUGUCUAUUCCACCAAACAUAUUUGUUGAUGUGGUACGAUGUGCAAGCCUUAGAGCCUCCUCUGCCACUGGCUGGACGAGGGUUAUUGUGGAGAAGCCAUUUGGCCGUGACUCGGAGUCGUCUGCUGAGCUCACUAAAUGCUUGAAGCAGUACCUAACUGAGGAACAAAUCUUCAGGGUCAGGCAAUAUCUUGAGGGACAGGUCACUUCAAAGGAAUCAGCAUUUGCCCCGAUUGAUCAUUAUUUGGGGAAAGAGCUGGUAGAGAAUCUAUCAGUGCUUCGUUUCUCGAACCGGGUUUUCGAGCCUCUUUGGUCUCGAGACUACAUUCGCAAUGUGCAGCUUAUAUUCUCUGAAGAUUUUGGUACAGAAGGCCGAGGAGGCUAUUUUGACAACUACGGGAUCAUAAGGGACAUAAUGCAGAACCAUUUGCUUCAGAUUCUGACAUUGUUUGCAAUGGAGACUCCUGUCAGCUUAGAUGCUGAAGACAUUAGGAAUGAAAAGGUGAAGGUACUAAGGUCAAUGAAAACUCUGCAACUUGAGGAUGUAACCCUUGGCCAAUACAAAGGGUUCAGCAAGGGUGGGAAAUUAUACCCUGGUUAUACAGAUGACCCAACAGUGCCAAAGGAUAGCAUUACACCAACAUUUGCAGCUGCAGCUCUCUUUAUCAAUAAUGCUAGGUGGGAUGGUGUUCCCUUUCUCAUGAAAGCAGGCAAAGCUCUCCAUACCAAGAGGGCUGAGAUAAGAGUGCAGUUCAGGCACGUCCCAGGCAAUCUGUACAAGAGAAACUUCGGAACUGAUCUGGAUAAGGCUACUAACGAGCUGGUGCUCCGAGUUCAACCUGAUGAAGCCAUAUAUCUAAAGAUCAACAACAAAGUCCCUGGCUUGGGGAUGAGACUUGACCGCAGUGACCUCAAUUUGCUCUACAAGGCCAGGUAUCCAAGAGAAAUACCAGAUGCGUACGAGAGGCUGCUGUUGGACGCCAUAGAAGGGGAGAGGAGGCUGUUCAUAAGAAGCGAUGAGCUGGACGCUGCAUGGGCAUUGUUUUCGCCAAUGUUGAAGGAAUUGGAGGAGAAGAGAAUAGUUCCAGAGCUGUAUCCAUAUGGGAGCAGAGGCCCAGUUGGGGCCCAUUAUCUUGCCGCAAAGCAUGAUGUGCGAUGGGGAGAUCUUAGUGGUGAUGACUCUUAGUAUGCGGUUCUGGUGCUCUUCUUGUGAUUCUAAACUUGCAUUCUGAUAGAAUCUGAUAAAAUUAAUUAUUAACAAUUUCAAAUUAUGGUUAACGUCAUCACGUUUACUUUAUACAUCAUUGUCAUAAACAUAAAUCAAUUCCACGAACCAACUUAUGGUAAAUAAAAAAAUUUCGCACUUAUAAAAAAAAAAAAAAAAAUUUGCACUUCCUGGCCGAAAGUAAGAUCGGGCUUGUAGAGGUGUAUGUUGAGACAAACGAUGUUGGUCAGUGUGGAGCU